CGCCGCUGCCGGGUACUGGGAGCGCGCGAGGCCCGGCAACCUCCGCCGCCCCUAGGAGAGCGCCCCGCUCCCCGGCCCGCUGUCCCGCUCUGUUCCGGCCCCGCUCGGCUCGCCGGAGCGCGCUCGGUGGCCGUUGAACCGGGUGGGCAGGGACCGCCGCUUCCCCGGUGCAGACCUGCGAGCGUCUGCAGGCGGUGCCUCCGGGAGCAGCGCGCCGCAAAGCCCCGGAGCCAGAGUGAAAUUCCUAAGGACUCCUUGAAGGCCGUUUUGUUAGAGUUAGAUGUCACUUUACUUAAGGAAGACAUCGAUCUGUUUGAUGUAGAAGAUACAAUUGCACAACAGCUUGAAUUUCUUACUACAAAAACAAGACUCAUUCUUUAUAAUGUAUAAGCCUAUGUGAAACACUUGAAAGGCCAACAUAAAGGUGCUCUGAAGUGCUUGGAACAAGCAGAAGAAAUAAUCUAGAAGGAAUACUCAGAGAAGAAGGAAGUUCAAAGUCUGGUCACUUGGGGAAACUAUACCUGGGUGUUUUAUCACAUGGACCAGCUUGAAAAAGUUGAGAAGUAUGUAGACAAGGUAGGGCAUGUCUGCAAGCAAUGGUCCAGUCCUUCUAACUACAAGUUGGAACGUCCUGAGGUCGGCUGUGAGAAAAGACCGGCACUGUUGAAACUUGGAGCAAAGUAUUGCCAAAAGGCUAAAGCAGCUUUUGAGAAGGCUCUGGAAGUAGAACCUGACAACCAAGAAUUUAACAUUGGCUAUGCUGUCACAGCGUACCUGCUGGAUGAUUUUGACAGAGAAGGAUCUGUGAAGAGCUUUUCCCUGGGACCUCUGAGGAAGGCUGUUACUCGAAUUCCAGAUGAUACCUACAUUAAAGUUUUACUGGCACUGAAGCUUUAAGAUGUACACGCAGAAGUUGAAGGAGAAAAGUAUAUUGAAGAAAUCCUAGACCAGAUAUCAUCCCAGCCUUAUGUCCUUUGUUAUGCAGCCAAAUUCCACAGUAGAAAAGAUUCCUGGGACAAAGCUCUUGAACUUUAAAAAAAGGCCUUGGAGGUGAUACCAAUCUCUUCUUUCCUGCAUCACCAGAUGGGACUUUGCUACAGGGCACACAUGACUCAAAUCAAGAAGGUGACACACAACAGACCUAAAUGAAAAGAUAUGAAGGUUGAGGAGCUGAUUACAUCUGCUGUAUUUCAUUUCAAAGAAGCUGUGGAACUAAAUUGUAUAUUUGCAUUUGCCUACACAGGUCUUGCCAAUAUGUAUGCGGCAGGAGACCAGUAUUGCAAUGCUGAAGACAUUUUUCAGAAAGCCCUGCAUCUGGAGAACAUAACUGAUGAUCACAAACAUCAGAUCCAUUACCGCUGUAGCCACUUUCAGGAAUUUCACCAUAAAUCAGAAAAUACUACCAUCCACCAUUAUUUAGAAGCUUUAAAGGUCAAAGACAGGCCAUCCUUAUGUACCAAACUGACAAAUGAGCUGAAAAAAUUGGCUACCAAGAGACUUUGUCACAAUGCUUUUGAUGUGCAGAGUUUAAGUGCCCUGGGAUUUGUAGCUGAGGGAGAAAAGAGGCAAGCUACAGAGCACUGUGAGAGAGCCCAGAAAAUAGGACCUGAAAAUGCAGAAUUCCUUACUGCUUUCUGUGAGUUCAACUUCCUGUCUAAAUACAUAUUCUAGGAAAUUAGUUCUGAGCUUUUCCCUUCAUUUUGGGUUUUCCCUUUUGUUUUAAUCCAUGAUUCGCUACAGAGUCAGUAUUUCUUGAGUAGUUAUUGUAUAUCAAAUAUCAUGCUAAGUAUUUUUAUACCUG